AUGCCGUCUAUUGAAUACGACGACUCCAAGCCCAGCUGGGCGGACCAGGUGGAGGAGGAGGGCGACGAAGGUACACUCCCAUCACCAAAGGAAACCAUUAAAGGAAAUGUGAAAACAGUGACUGAAUAUAAAAUAGAAGAUGGAAAGAAGUUCAAGAUUGUGCGGACUUUCAAAAUUGAGAACAGAAAAGCUUCAAAAGCAGUCGCCAGAAGAAAGAACUGGAAGAAAUUUGGCAACUCGGAGUUUGAUGCUCCAGGCCCAAACGUUGCCACGACCACAGUCAGCGAUGAUGUUUUUAUGACUUUUGUUUCCAACAAAGAGGAUUUGAAUUCCCAAGACCAAGAUGAAGAUCCCAUGAACAAACUGAAGGGACAGAAGAUUGUGUCUUGUCGAAUCUGUAAAGGCGACCACUGGACCACACGCUGCCCUUACAAGGACACUCUUGGGCCCAUGCAGAAGGAGCUGGCAGAGCAGCUUGGACUCACUACUGGGGACAAGGAAAAGCCUGCUGGCUCUUCUGAACCAGAGCCUGCAACGCCUUCUCAAAGCAAGACCGGUAAAUAUGUUCCUCCCAGUCUGAGGGACGGAGGAACCAGGAGAGGAGAGUCCAUGCAGCCAAACCGCAGAGCUGAUGAUAAUGCUACAAUCCGUGUGACCAAUUUGUCUGAGGACACCCGUGAGACAGAUUUGCAGGAGCUGUUUAGACCCUUUGGCUCCAUCUCCAGGAUCUAUCUGGCCAAGGACAAGAACACCGGGCAGUCCAAGGGAUUCGCAUUCAUCAGUUUUCACCGCAGAGAGGAUGCUUCCAGAGCAAUUGCAGGAGUGUCAGGAUUUGGAUAUGACCAUCUUAUUCUCAAUGUUGAAUGGGCCAAACCGUCAAACAACUAA